AUGUCGCCCAUCGCAGCAGGGGGUAAAGACAGUCAUGCGGCUCGUAUCGUCGGUUCCGGAACAGCAGGUCAGUGGACCGUAACGCUCACGUUGAGCUCCUUUCGAGGGUCGAGUGGGGAGGGGCCGCGAAAGCUGAUCAUCAUCAGUUGGGAACUUGCGCCGUUCGCCGCGACAUAGGUAUCGCCGAGUUGAUGUUGGUCAGUACGGCGAAGAGGGGGCCAAGGAAAUCGUCUUCGCGUGUACUGAACAUCCUGUACCUCGUCCCAGUUCCACCCGGUCGAUACGAUCGCCAAGCGAUUGAUGUCCAACAAGACCGUCGGAGUCAGUUCUCCGUCCUCCGUCCUCGCUUCGCACCCACACCAUGAUCCCUCAUAACCCAACCCCAAAACCAAAACACCCCGGAUCUCUACCUCUUCCCGAAAGCCACUUGUUGACACGCGACUUCUCGAUCCACCCCUCAGCUUCCCUUGAACGAGAUCGUCUUCAAGCAACACGCUACAGCACCCGCAGGUUAGCUCAGCUACCUUUCCCAAGCUCCCCCGCGACCAAGGCUGAGGCCCGAACCUGAUCGAUCAUUUCGGCUCUCCCAAACUCCGCGCUUCCUUCCCCCUCCAUCGCGAUCGCUCCCUCCCUCUACACAGGCGCAAAGUUCUUGUCGCUCUUCCCCGGUCUCGGAUACGCUGCUGGGUACAAGGUCCUUCAGCGCGUGUACAAGUCCGUUUCUACUAGCGCUCACGCGAUCGGUCCGCACCCGACGCCAAGAGUUCCAGGCUGAUCCCUCUCCGUUCUCGAUCAGGUUCGGUGGUCAACCUUACUUUAACGACUACCUCAACACCAAUCACCGUUCCUUUUUCACCAAUGCGUUCGGAGAGAAGAACGGCAAGGCUAUCAUGUCGGCUACCGCUGGAUCGUCAGUCUCUUCUUCUCGGCGAUCUUUCAAGACGGGCUAUGAGGUUGACCGGACGCUGAUGGUAUCGAGGGAUCGUCUACAGUCUGACCGGUAUCGGAGAGAUUGUUCUUUUGCCCUUGGACGUACUCAAGAUCAAGCGACAGUAACUCGUUCGGAUGACGUCGCUGCGAGCCGAGUCGAAGAUCUGAUCGCCUUCUCCCUAUACGCAGAACUAACCCCGAAGCGUUCCGAUCACGCGGUUUCUUGCGCAUCGUCAAGGACGAAGGUUUUGCUCUUUACCGAGGGGCUUCAUGGACCGCCGCUCGUAACGCACCCGGAUCAUUUGCCGUAAGCCGUCCGAAAAGCCUGUUCAAGUUCGCGAACGAGCCGCUGAUAUUACUUUUCCUUCCUUGCCCAAAGCUGUUCGGAGGAUCGGCGUUCACGAAGGAAUACGUUUUCGGUCUGCAGGACUACCGUACCGCGACCUGGUAUCAGAACUUUGUCGCCUCCAUCGCCGGUUCGGUUUCAUCGAUCGCGAUUUCGCAACCUCUUGAUGUCAUCAAGGUCAGUCGAGUCUCGUCUUAUGCUUUUGAAUGAAGACUGGGGAACUGAUGCGGCGACUGAAUGUUUUGUUCUUUCGUCUUUGCAACAGACCCGCAUCCAGAACCAGAACUUUGAGAACAAAGUCGGCGGGAUGACGAUCGUGCGCGAGUUGAUCAAGAACGAGGGCUUCUCGGCCUUCUUCAAGGGUUUGACACCUAAAGUGCUGUAAGUUGGAACAAUUUGCCCGGAAAGGUUUUGGCCUGGGAUGCUGAUGCCUGCAUUUUACUUUUUCCUGCUGAACGCUAGUGUCGUCGGCCCCAAGUUGGUCUUCUCCUACACGUUGGCGCAGACGCUCAUCCCCAUCUUCUCCAAGUACAUGUAA